AAACCUUUCUCAUGUGUCAUCUGUAAAAAGUGUUUGACUUUCAAAUCUGCUUUUGAGCCUCACAUGAGAACUCAUACGUGUGAAAAGCCGUUUACAUGUGUGACUUGUGGGAAAAGUUUUAGUCAUAAACAUGUUUUAACUCAGCACAUGAUGAUUCACACUGGUGAAAAGCCGUUUUCAUGUGUGACCUGUGGAAAAAGUUUUAGUAUAAAACAGAGUUUAACUUACCAUAUGAUGACUCACACUGGUGAAAAGCCGUUUUCAUGUGUGAAUUGUGGAAAAAGUUUUAGUAUAAAACAGAAUUUAACUCAGCACAUGAUGAUUCACACUGGUGAAAAGCCGUUUUCAUGUGUGACCUGUGGAAAAAGUUUUAAUCAAAAACAGAGUUUAACUCGGCAUAUGAUGACUCACACAAGUGAAAAGCCGUUUUCAUGUGUGACCUGUGGAAAAAGUUUUAAUCGAAAACAGAGUUUAACUCAGCACAUGAUGAUUCACACUGGUGAAAAGCCGUUUUCAUGUGUGACCUGUGGAAAAAGUUUUAGUAUAAAACAGAGUUUAACUUACCAUAUGAUGACUCACACUGGUGAAAAGCCGUUUUCAUGUGUGAAUUGUGGAAAAAGUUUUAGUAUAAAACAGCAUUUAACUCAGCACAUGAUGAUUCACACUGGUGGAAAACCGUUUUCAUGUGUGACCUGUGGAAAAAGUUUUAGUAUGAAACAGAAUUUAACUCAGCACAUGAUGAUUCACGCAGGUGAAAAGCCGUUUUCAUGUGUGACCUGUGGAAAAAGUUUUAGUCGAAAAGACUUUUUCACUCAGCACAUGAUGAUUCACACUGGUGAAAAGCCGUUUUCAUGUGUGACCUGUGGAAAAAGUUUUAGUCGAAAAGACUUUUUCACUCAGCACAUGAUGAUUCACACUGGUGAAAAGCCGUUUUCAUGUGUGACCUGUGGAAAAGGUUUUAGGCAUAAAUCGGCUUUAACUCAGCACAUGAUGAUUCACACUGGUGAAAAGCCGUUUUCAUGUGUGACCUGUGGAAAAAGUUUUAGUAUAAAACAGAAAUUAACUCGGCAUAUGAGGAUUCACACUGGUGAAAAGCCGUUUUCAUGUGUGACCUGUGGAAAAAGUUUUAAUCAAAAACAGAGUUUAACUCGGCAUAUGAUGACUCACACAAGUGAAAAGCCGUUUUCAUGUGUGACCUGUGGAAAAAGUUUUAAUCGAAAACAGAGUUUAACUGAGCACAUGAUGAUUCACACUGGUGGAAAACCGUUUUCAUGUGUGACCUGUGGGAAAAGUUUUAAUCGAAAACAGAGUUUAACUGAGCACAUGAUGAUUCACACUGGUGGAAAACCGUUUUCAUGUGUGACCUGUGGAAAAAGUUUUAGUAUGAAACAGAAAUUAACUCGGCAUAUGAUGACUCACUCUGGUGAAAAGCCGUUUUCAUGUGUAACCUGUGGAGAAAGUUUUCGUCACAAGGUGAGUUUAAUUCACCACUUGAGGCGUCACACAGGUGAAAAGCAGUAGAAAUAUUUUCCAUACGUGUUCUAUGUUGAGGUUCACUAUAGAACUGAUUAGGUUUAAAACUAGAAUGAAAGACUGUAGGGGUUUCAUGUCUAUAUAGCUGAAAAUUUGUUGUAUUUGUUAAAUGUGAUCAUUUGGAUGCUUGGAGAUGUGCAACCAUGACACAUUUUUCUUCAUUGAU